AGUUUGUUUUACAGAGAAACAGAAGGAUCGCUGAAAAGAUCUCACAUACAAAAAGAGAGAAGCUUUGAGAAAGACUGAUGAAUGGUGAAGAGGAGAGAGAGAGGACGACAUCUGAGCAUGAGAAGAGAGAUAAAGUCCAGAGCGUGUCACAGAGGGAAAGUUGCUUUAUGCUGCUUGAGCUGCAAAGAUUCGGCUUAUACGUGGAUGUUUAAGAAACAAGGGCACAGAAUGGAAAAAUACAGUAAACAAAAAAAUUAACAAAAGUCUUGCAAAUCCAAAUAAAUAAGAGACAUACAGCUCAGAUCUGAGGAUAAAGGCAAAGGAUAUUCUUGAAAGAAGAACCAAGGUGACAAAUACAACCUUGAAAACAACUGGUGAAAGAUGUGGCCAAUUGUGGGCAUAGUCUGUCUCUCUCAGUGCAUCAUUGGUCAACUGCUGGAGGCUCGUUCCAAAGGAUCUCCAAAUCUUCAAUUUAUCUGUAGCAUUCCAGGAUUACCAGGACCAGCGGGAAAACCAGGUCCCCCAGGACCCAGUGGAGAAGAUGGCCAUGUUGGAAUCCCAGGAAGAGAUGGGAGGGAUGGACGGAAAGGGGAAAAGGGAGAUAAAGGAGAUCCAGGAAUCAAAGGUAGAGUUGGGCCAACUGGGAAGCUUGGGGAGCGUGGAGAGAGAGGUAUUACUGGGAAACGUGGUCCUGAGGGUGAUCCUGGAGAUUUGGGGCCUCUUGGUCCACUAGGACGUCCUGGAGAGAAAGGUGACAAGGGUCAACGUGGCCCUCCAGGAAUACCGGGUGUCUGCAAAUGUGGAAGUUUGGUUCCCAAAUCCGCAUUCUCUGUAGGCAUCACCAAUAGCUAUCCCACUGAAAAAACACCCAUCAAGUUCAACAAAGUUCUCUUUAAUGAAGGUGGACACUACAACCCAGAAACGGGAAAAUUUAUCUGCGCUUACCCAGGAAUCUACUACUUUUCUUAUGACAUUACUCUUGCCAACAAGCACCUGGCCAUCGGGCUGGUCCAAAAUGGAGAGUACAGAAUCAAGACUUUUGAUGCCAACACGGGCAACCAUGAUGUGGCGUCUGGCUCUACAGUGAUGUUUUUGAACCCAGAAGAUGAGAUUUGGCUGGAAAUCUUCUACAGGGACCAGAAUGGCCUGUUUGCCGACCCCAGUUGGACGGACAGCCUCUUCUCUGGGUUUUUGAUUUAUCCUGAUACAAACUAUAUGGAUACAUUGGCGGAAGACUACAAAUAAAAGGAAUUAAGUCAUCAGUUAAAAAGACCCUGUAUGUUUUAUUAUCUUCAACAACGCCAAAGACCAAUUUGACGUCUUAAAUCAGGUGCAUACUGCAUGUUUUCUGCCAUGUUUUUGCCUCAUCUGAGACAAACUUCAGGGAUUGUAAAAUAUUUAUUUUUGCAUAGCAAAAUUUGCAAACUCACCGAUGAAAUGUUUAGUUGCAUUUCUACAAUGUGACAGCUUCAAUGAAAAAUGUCUGUUGAAGAAGCAAGAGGAGCAUAGCAAUUAAUGACAGUGUCUUUCUACAAGAGAGACAUUCAAGGUUGUCUACUGUAUAAAAUGUGCAACGUAAACAGCACAUUCGUUACAAUUUGCCAUAAAAGGCUUUAUGCACAUUUGUGGUUUUUAAUUUAUAACCUAUCCAUAUGAGUGUAAUGUAGAGUGGCGGCAAGAUCCAAAUACAUGUAUAUAUGUAAAUAAAUAAUAAAGAAAUAAAUCCUA